AACCGUUUGAUAAACAUCGUAGUAAUCGAUUUGCUCAGUCCGCCCGCCGAAGAAUACAAAAUGAUCACUGCUUUACACUUUUCGAUGUUGUUGUGCAUGAUGGUCGCAUGCGAUCACGUCCUGGCGUAUCCAUACAACGGUGGCAACAUGCAGUGGUCGAACCCCGGGGCUGGUGGGAUGGUAAACCACCAUCAGCAGCAAGGGUUUGGCGGCAAUAUGGGUCAACAACGCGGUGAUUUUGGGCGAUCUUCGGCGUUCGGUGGACAAUCGCGGGGACAGUCGACUGGCUACGGUAGACAGUUGCAGGGAGCCGAGGCAUAUCAGACGAACAUCUUCAACGAACCGGACCGGUAUGGAUAUGAUUACACGUUUCCUGGAGCCACCGUACACUUCUUGAUGUUCAAAAAACAAGGAAACAGAGGACCCGGAAUUAAUCAAGGAUUUAAUCAUCAAAAUAAUGGCGUAGAUCCAAGUGGCUGGGAAAGACGUUAUUAACACUUUUACUAACUUCAAAAAUGAUACAAUUAUAUUUUAUUAUAUUAUAAUAUCAUAUUAUAGURAUUAUGACAAAAUAGUUUGUAAAGUUUAGGAAUAUUUACUGCAAAAUAUUAUAGUUUACAUAUUAUGUUUACCUACUACAACGGAAAAAACAAA